AUGCAUAUUAAGAGCAGAAAGACCAUACAAUCAAACGUGGCAAGCAGUGUCAUGUUUCAUCCAUACUUCCUUGUUGCCUCUAUUCUCUUAAAUUAUUUUAUAGGCCUUUUGGCAACAACUGCUAGCAAUAAUGGUGGGUUUACGGUUGAGCUAAUCCACCCGGACUCUCCCAAAUCUCCCUUCUACAAUGCUAACAAAACUUUUACCGGCCGUCUAAACAAAUACUAUCCAAAUGCCCUUCAAUCACAAGUAACAGCUCUCAACGCUCAGCAUCUUAUGAAGGUCUCAAUUGGAACUCCACCGGUAGACAUAUAUGGCAUCGUUGAUACAGGUAGCGACAUUGUGUGGACACAAUGUGUACCAUGUGAUGGCUGCUACAAACAGAUUAAUCCCAUGUUCGAUCCUCAAAAGUCCUCAACAUAUAGUGAUAUUUCUUGUCAGUCAGGACAAUGUCGUCUUAUAGACUCUGCCACUUGUUCUCCUCAAAAUCUUUGCAGUUACACAUAUGUAUAUGCAGAUGCUUCCAUAGCCCAAGGUGUUUUGGCCAAAGAAAAAGUCACCAUGAUUUCUACCUCAGGGCAAACAGUUUCCCUAGACAUCGCUUUUGGGUGUGGACACAACGAUACCGGGACUUUCAAUGACCAUGAAAUGGGACUCAUUGGGUUAGGAGGAGGGUCUGUGUCCUUUGUUUCACAAAUAGGUUCCAUCUUUGGUAGCAACAGAUUUUCUCAAUGCUUGUUGCCAUAUGAUACCGAUCCUAGUAUUGCAAGCAAGAUAAGUUUUGGCAAUGACAGUGAAGUUGUGGGUGAUGGUGUGGUUUCAACACCUUUAGUAGCCAAAGAAGAUAAGACCCCCUAUUUUGUCACACUAGAAGGAAUUAGUGUUGGGGACACAUAUGUGCCAUUUAACUCUUCACGUAAGCUUUCUAAGGGCAACGUGUUACUGGAUUCAGGAACACCACAGACGAUUAUGCCAUUUGAUUUUUAUGACCCAUUGGCAGCGGAAGUGCAGAGGCAAAUUGCAAUGGAUCCCAUUAAGGAUGAUCCUGAUGUGGGGACACAGCUUUGCUAUAGAACUAAAACUAAUCUUGACGGACCAAUUUUGACUGUCCAUUUUGAGGGUGCGAAUGUGCAGUUAAUGCCUUUACAUACCUUCGUUCCACUUAAAGAUGGGGUUUACUGCUUUGCCAUGCAAGAAUCUGACGGUGAUGUAGGCAUAUAUGGCAACUAUGCUCAAGCAAAUUUCCUGAUUGGGUUUGACAGAGAAACAAUGAAGGUCUCCUUCAAGCCGACUAAUUGUACCAAACAGUAG